AUGAGGAUUUUAGUUGGCGCUCCAUUAGGAAAAAAUCUUCAACCACAAACAUAUAAAUCUGGUGCUUUAUAUAGAUGUCCUAUUACACAAGAAUCACAUGAUUGUGAGCAAAUAAUUACAGAUGGUAGAAAAUUGCCUGGCGGAGCUUAUGAUCUUUCUUAUGAUGAAAGCGUUGAAUUAAGGCCACCAAUUAAAAAUUCCGAAAUUAAAGAAGAUCAAUGGUUAGGUGUCAAUGUAAAAUCACAAGGAUUAGGUAGUAAGGUUUUAGUUUGUGCCCAUCGUUAUAUUGUUAAAGAAGGUGAAAAUCAAUAUGGACGUGGUUUAUGUUAUGUACUUACAAAUGAUUUAAAAUUUGAUGAUUCUUAUGAACCAUGUAAAGGAAAGCCAGUUCAUGGUUUACAUGAAGCUUAUGGAUUUUGUCAAGUUGGAACUUCAGCCGCACUAUUGGAAAAUGAAAUGAUUUUAGGUACACCAGGUCCAUAUACAUGGCGUGGUACAGUUUUCGUUACGGAAAUUGCUGGAGAAUAUUUGGAACGAAACAAAGCAUUCUAUUAUGCCCCACAGUAUUUUAAUUCACCGGUUGAUAAAUACAGUUACUUGGGGAUGGGUGUUACAGGUGGAAAAUAUUUUGGCAAUAAUAUGUCUUAUGCUGCUGGGGCACCACGUUCUGAAGGUCAUGGUCAAGUUAUAAUAUUUAAUAAAAAUACUGGUGAAACAGCAAGUUCUGUAUUACCACCAAAGCAAAUUAUAGAUGGUGAACAAUUUGGUUCAAGUUUCGGUUACGAACUAAUUACAGCUGAUAUAAAUGGUGAUGGUGAACCGGAUUUAUUAGUAGCUGCUCCAUUUUAUUUCAAUAAAUCUACUGGUGGUGCUGUAUACGUUUAUCAAAAUGAUAAAUUAAGUUUACCCGAUACACCAACAUUGAAAUUAACUGGUGCUGCCGAAAGUCGUUUUGGAAUUGCUAUGGCAAAUAUGGGAGAUAUUAAUAAAGAUCGAUGUGAUGAUAUUGCAAUUGGAGCCCCAUAUGAAGGGAAUGGUGUAGUUUAUAUAUUUUUGGGUAACCCACAAGGAUUAUCAAAAAAACCGAGUCAAGUUAUACAUGCUGCCGAUUUGGGUCCAUUAGGAAGAAGUCUUAGAACUUUUGGUAGUUCGUUAGCAGCUGGAAGUGAUCUUGAUGACAAUUCUUACCCUGAUUUGGUAGUUGGUGCUUAUGGAUCAUCAGCCGUCAUAGCCUUAUUUACACGACCAAUCAUUAAUAUUCAAACGAAGGCUCGCGGUAAUGAAUUAAAAAACAUUGAUCCAAGUAAAUCUGGAUGUUCAACUGAUCGAAACACAAAUUUAACUUGUUUCACAUUUGAAGCCUGUUGCCUAAUUGCAUCAUAUGAAGAACACAUUUCUAAUACCAAGUCUAAAGAACUUACUCUUUUAUAUACAAUUGAGGCAGAAACGUAUACAAACGUAAAGAAAUUUUCUAGAGUUUUCUUUGAUAAUGAAAAGAAACGAAGUAAUGUUGUUAAACGGCAAAUAAUGGUUAAGCCAAAUAGUCGACAGUCGUGCUACAAAGAAACCGCAUAUAUCAAAGAAAAUACAAAAGACAUACAAAGUUCUAUAAAGUUUCGUUUAAAUUUUACGAUUGUUGAACAAGAGUUGCAGAGUUCAGCUUUAAUUGGCCUAAAUCCUAUUCUUAAUAAAGAACAGUCAGCUGUUGAAUUCGAGGGUACGUUCCAAAAGGAUUGUGGUUAUGAUAAUGUUUGUCAAAGCCAAUUGGUUAUGCAAACAGAGGUAGAUUUAGAGAUGACAAGAGACGAAUAUGAGCUUGUGCUGGGAGAAAGCGAAGAAUUUAAAAUUAAUGUUAAUAUCACUAAUUUAGCUGAUUCUGCGUAUGAGGCUCAAUUAUUUUUCGUACAUCAAAAAAGUAUCACAUAUAUAGCUGCUAGUAAAACUAAUUCGGUUAUAUGCAACCGUUAUAAUGAAACAAUUGUUUCAUGUAGUUUAGGAAAUCCAUUAAAACGUGACAGUGUUGUACAAGUUUCGAUACGAUUUGAUCCCAAUGCUAUUGACGAUGAUAUUAAAAAAUUAAACUUCCAAGUUUUCGCAAAUUCAACUUCACAAUUGAUUGGAGAACUUCCAAAAGCUUCUAUAGACAUCAAUGUAGUCAAAAAAGCGAGCUUGGGAAUCGGAGGCUGGGCACGUCCUGAACAGGCAUUCUAUGGUGGUGAAGUUAAGGGUGAAAGUGCAAUGGUAUAUAUGGAAGACGUCGGUACAUCUAUAACACAUACAUAUCAAGUAUACAACGAAGGUCCGUGGAAAGCAACGAAUGUUACAGUACAUAUAAGUUGGCCACAUCAAGUUGCAAAUGACAAGCCACAGGGAAAAUGGUUACUUUAUUUAGAAAGUCAACCUAUAGUUGAAAGUCUCCACCAAAGUAAAUGUAGCGUUGUCAAUUCAAAUGAUAUUAAUCCAUUAAAAUUAAAAAUGUCUGAAGUUAAUCAUUUCGAUGGCGAUACCUUACCACCAGAAUCGUUUAUGUUGCAUCCAAAUAGAAGCGGGGCUUCUUAUACAUAUACAGGACAACGAUCUUUUGUUAGCAGCAAAAAAGUAACUUCUACCUCAGAUGAAAAAAUUCAUAGCUUUAAUAGCGAAGCUCAUUUAAAUCGAGUAAAAAGAGAUCGAGCAAAAAUUAUACGACCAGAACAUCUUUAUGAUAAAGAUGGUAAGAAACAUGAUGUGGUUAUAAUGGAUUGUGAAAAAAAUACAGCAAAGUGUAUACAUAUCCGAUGUGAUUUAUUUAACAUGCCACAAAAAACUGAAGCAUAUAUACAUGUAAAAGCAAGACUUUGGAAUUCGACACUAGUUUCGGAUUAUCCUAGAGUUGAUUUAGUAAAAAUUGUGUCAAGAGCCAGAAUUAUUAUACCAAAAGAGGCUUUUAUCGAACAAAUUGGUGAUAAAACUCGAAUACAGUUGGAAACUAAAGCCUAUCCUGAGUUAUUGGAUCAAGUGCGAGAUAGCUCGACACCUUGGUGGAUUAUUGCAGUUUCGGUAGCAUGUGGUAUAUUAUUAUUAAUAUUAUUAGCAGCAGUAAUGUAUCGUUGUGGUUUCUUCAAGAGACGAAGACCAGAUCCAACAUUAAGCGGGAAUAUUGAAAAAAGUAGUGAACAUAAACCAUUUUUAGGAGAUAAAUAGCUGUUUUUUUAAAACUGUUUUAAAAAUAUUUGAAUAAAUUGUCAAAAAAAGGAAAAAUCGAUUGGAUCGAUUUUUUUAUAAUACUUUGACUAAAUUGUAAAUUAAAUUCGAUUCGCAUUGGUAUGGUUAUUCAAUUUAUGAUGUAAUAGAAAAUUCAAUUUAUAUAAUUUUGAUCUCGGCAUUUAUAAAAUCAAGCA